GCGACUGUGGUGUGUUUUGUAUCACUUCCACGUUAAUAGAAUGUUUACCAAAUGAAAAUUUAAGUAAAUAUGUCGAAUUCAUUAUCUUCAAUAACAGAGAAACGAUUAGCAGAUUAUUUUGUAAUAUGCGGGUUGGAUUUAAGUUCUGGUUUGGAACCUGAUCAGCUUGCAGGUGAAAGUCUGCAUUGCACACCAUUAGAUAGGCCAUACAGGUCAAAAGUUUUAGCUCAUUAUCCUGAAAAUGUGCCAUGGAACCCUUUUGACAAGAGUGCAGUUGGCAUGCUGUGCUUGCCAAAAGGACUCACAUUCCGUACUCAAAAACAUAAGCGUAACCCAUAUUUUCACUCAUUUAUCAUCACAAGGGAAGAUAGUACUCGCACUUAUGGGCAGUGUUACACCUUUUAUGAAGAGGUCAAUGAUAGGAAGAUAUGUGAUGCCAUGAAUACAUUGCAGGCUAUGCACUUGACAGAGCUAAGUAGUAGCAAAAUGACUGGUAUCCAUAACAUCUCUGAUAUUGGGAGCACACGGUCACUUCCACGUUCCUUUAAAUUGAGUGGUCGGCAAUCUCAUAAUCAUUCAGGAGCUCUGUAUGAUCUUGUGAGGGAUACCUUGUAUGUUACCAAGUGUAUCUGCCUUAUAACUCAGUUGCCAGUAAUAGUAGCAUGCCGAAAAUUUCUUCAGGGUUUUCAUGACUUAGCAGUGUCUAGAGAGCCUCCUCCUAUGAGAUUGGAGUCGUAUGUGUACAACAUAUUAUUUGAGGUGCCAUUACCGCCGCCCAGUCGAAGCUUGAAGUUAACUUGUUUUGGUCAACAAGUUUUGUGCCAAAGACCAGGUCCAUGUGAACUUCCAUUUUUCGAGUAUUCAUACCAAACAUUAUUCACAACAUUAGGUGUAGAUAAUGUCAUUUUAUUGUAUACUAGUGUUCUGUUGGAAAAUCAAGUGUUACUUUUUUCUGCUGAUUAUGAUAUGUUGAUGGUUGUUGCCGAAUGCAUCACUAUGUUGCUAUUUCCAUUUACAUGGCAACAUGUGUAUGUUCCCAUCCUUCCUGCUUCAUUACAUCAUUUUCUUGAUGCACCUGUUCCUUACAUAAUGGGAUUAUGCUGUGGUAUGGAAGAGAGAGCUCAGUUAUCAAUUCCAGGCGAAGCAAACUUAUGCUUUGUUGAUAUUGACAAUCAGGUAGUUGAAGUUCCAGAAGACAUUCCAAAAUUUCCUAGUCGGAAUGAAUUGAUUUCUGAAAUUGUUGAUACUUUGAAAGCAUUUGGAGUAUCGUCAAGUGAGAAAGGACUAGAUCGCAAUUCUAAUGAAAGAAAUUCGAGGAACCAUCGUCGAAAACUAUCUUGGACAUUUGAUAGUGGUGAUUCGGGCGUUAGUAGCACUGACAGUAGUGCAAGGAGUUCAUACAGUAGUCUUGCAAGUACUCAUAGUCAUAUAUUACAGCAGAGUGAAGCUCUACAGAAAGUUGCUGCUCUAGCAAAGAGAACAGGUGUCAUUACUACUUUAGGAGAUCUUGAAAAAUCCAAAAAAGUUGAUAAUGAUGGUACAGCUAGAAGUCGCAAUAAAGAAGAUAUUCGGCAGUACGUUGAUAUGCUAAAGCUAAACAAUGCUGUGAGAGAAAUUUUUCUAAAUCGGUUUAUUCACAUAUUUAGGUCUUAUGAAAAUUUUGUUAUUCAACCUAACCAGCAUGAUAUGGAACAGUGGUUGAGUACUAGAGAAACUAUGCAAAACUUUGAUAAAACAACAUUUCUGUCAGAUCAACCUGAGCCUCACCUUCCUUUCUUGUCUCGAUUUAUUGAAACUCAAAUGUUUGCAACAUUAAUUGAUAAUAAAAUAGUUUCAUUAUGGGAAGAACCAGACCCAUAUUUAAAAAUAUUUGAUACUCGAAUUCGAUUAUUGAAUGGAGAACACUGUGGUGAUGGCACUGUUAGAGUUCCAACAUAUGAAAGGAGUCCUACAUAUGAGAGGUGUACCACAUAUCAAGAAACAGAAACUCAUAUUGAAAAACGAAUCAAUAAUAUUGACAUCAUUGCACCUCCUCCUAAGGCCCUUGAUGUGGCUUCUGAGUACUCCAGCCGGAAAAGGCAUACUCCAGGAACUUUUCCUUUAUUAGAUGGGGACCUUUUAAAUGAAGAACCUAUUGUGAAUAGAUCAAGGAGAAGAACAAGUGCACAAUGGAAGCGAAGGGAUCGUCGAAACCAACAUGCAGAACAUCUACAAAUAAAUUCUGGCCAGAGAGAGUUUCACCUUGCUGAAAAACAUGCCAGUCUAUGGAAAAAAUACAUUCAAGAAGCCAGAACAAAAACUAUGCGCAAUCAAAAGCAUUUUGAUGUUUCUCCAGCAUCUAUUUCCCAAACAUACUGGAAGUUUGUGGUUGCUUUGCUGAAGGAAUGUAAGAUGAGGACUAAGCGCAUGCUUGUUGAAAAAAUGGGUCAAGAAGCUGUAGAAUUAGGUCACAAUGAGAUCAGCAUAACUGGUGUUGAAGAAAAUACACUAAUUGCUGGAUUAUGUGAUUUACUAGAAAGAGUUUGGGCUCAUGGCCUUCAAUCUAAACAGGGUAAAUCGGCUUUAUGGUCUCAUCUGGUGAGUUAUCUAGAAGUUGAAGAAUGUAAAUCAUCGGGUAAACCCAUUGAUCCUAAUUUUUUAACUCCAGCAUUGGCUUGGUGUGUUCUAAGGAAAAGGAUUGAUUUUCAUUACACAGCUCGUCCUGAACCAUUUUGGAAUAUAGGCUUACUUCUAGUCAAAACUGGUGCAUUAAGCACUCUUGUUAGUCAACUCACAAAUAUUGAUAUAUCUAAUCUCUCUCUUGAAGGAGACCCUUCUCCUACUCACAAAGAGAAUAGUAAGGAUAGGAGGAAAGGGAAAUCACUGGAUUUGCCUGCUCUAAAGUCACUGCCAAUAUCCUUAGUCUAUGAUAUAAAAAAUGUACAAGCAAUGACUGAAAUCAAAACAGAUAUUGGUUAUGCCAGGGCUUGGGUACGGUUAGCUUUGGAGAAGAAGUUAUUGCAUAAACAUCUACAAAAGUUAUUAUCAAAUCAAGAGUUACUUAGGAGUUCAUACAAACGAUAUGCCUUUUUAAGGUGUGAGGAUGAGAAAGAACAGUUUUUGUAUCAUUUGCUGACAUUAAAUGCUGUUGAUUACUUUUGCUUCACAAAUACUUUCACGUCAACUGUUAUGCAUUAUCGUGUUGUUGUAUUUCCAAGUCGGAAGCUGAGUGCGUCAACUACUACUGCCAAUGCGUGGAUAAUUGUUGCAGGAACCUUAGGAGAGACUAAACAAAUUGCUUUACCAAGGCAAACCCUGGAAAUAGUUUUUGAGCAAAAAAAUUUGGGUAUUUUAACUACAUUACGAAUUGGGCAUGAUAAUACUGGAAUGUCUCCUAAAUGGAUGGUUGAACAUGUGGUUGUUCGAAAUGAAAUUUCUGGUCAUACGUACAAAUUUCCUUGUGGACGAUGGUUAGGUAAGGGAGUCGAUGAUGGGAGCACUGAACGUUUAUUGGUUGGAGAAAUGGUGCCUAGAGACCAAGAUACAGAGGAACUAAUGGAAACAUGUCGCACACCCCCGCGAUGCAGGUCUCCUAGCGUCCCUCGAAGACCAAGUGAGCCUAAACUCACUGUGCCUGAAAUACAACAGAUGCUAGGGGAUGCUGUUAACAACAUUGUAAAGUACUAUUAUAAAUCAGAAAAAGAAAGAGGAAGCUUGACAAUUUUACUUUGUGGUGAGCUUGGAUUAGUCUACUGUUUGGAGCAGGUUUUUUUAUAUGGGUUCAAAGCAACACGCUUUUUCAGGCAUGUGUAUUUGUGGGAUUUUUUUGUGAAAGUUAAAACAUAUUUUGAGGCUCUAUUGCAAGAAGAUAGUGGAACAAACAGCCCAGUGCCAAGAGAAACUUUAGAACAUGUGAUGGUUAUGGGUUCUUACUGCAAUCUAGUUGAUAAAAUUGACAAUGCAUCUUGUUCUGUGGGAAAAGAUGGCAAAUUUCAGUUAUUUAUAUGUUUUGCUGCCAGGGAGCACCUGCUGCAUCGCAUGUUGCUACAUAUUGCAUCCACCCCGGUCACCUCUAGCAUGUACGAAGAGCAAUCCUUUCUUCGUGAUCCCAACCUUGUCACAUUUUUGGUACAAAUUCUUGAGUCUUUGUCUGAAUUCACAAUUACAUUAGAAGCAUCACUUACUAAAGGCAUUGAAAGUUGAAUUAGUCCAAACCAGCAUGCCUGGAAGUCCACAACAUGCUCAUCAGCAUCCAUUUUGUGUUCUUGAUGCAUUUGCUCAUUAUGUAGAAUACAAGUCAUCUUCCAAAUGCAUUUUAAUGAUGUUUUUUAAACUAGUGUUUUGUACCAAAUACUUGAGUGAAUGGGAAAAUGUGAGUAUAAUGAAAAUAACUAUAUAUUAAGGCUUGCUACAUCUAUUUUUCAAUUAUAUUUAUCAAUCAAUUAGAUCUAUUAGUUUUCCAAGAAAUUUAAAACUCUGCAGUUUUAGUUUUUAGAAGUGUAUUUCACACCAUUCCUCCCUUUUUUUUAAUAAUAAAAGUGUAUUAGACAUUAAAGCAAAGUUUUAGAUAGUUAUCCUUUUUUGAGUAUAAUAUACAUAUUAACAAAAAUGCUAUAAAUGCUUGAUUUGGAAAUAUUUAUGAAUUUGUAAUAUUUGUAUGAAUGCAUAUUUUAUUAAAAAUUAAAAUGCAGUAUAUUCCAGGUUUUUAGAAAUAGAGGAAAAUAUGUGAGAUGACAAAUGUAAUCUCUUACUUAGUUUUUAUCUUGUAUUCUUAUUUUUGACACCUUUAUUUUUUCAUCUUUUCUAGUUCUUGAGAAUAAGGUGUAAAAAAAGUAAUUUCCUUCAUCACCUGAUUGAAAACUUUCCGUCCUUAAUUUAUCUGUACACAGAGUGUAUAGUUAUGUACAAAAUUUAUACAAGAUCUGACUCUAUCUUAAUUUAUUAAAUAUGUUAUGCAUACUGCAGUUUUUUCAGAAGCAAGUGUACUGAUAUCAAAUAUAUUCAAUAAAACUAUCACAACCCUGUGUCUAAUGUGUGUCUGACAAUAUAUAUUAUGAAGCCAUUAUUAUCUCCUUUAGUAAACAUUACCACUGGUGAUGUUUAAUUUAUUUCAUAAUGCUUUUGGUUGUAUAAUAGAAACUUUAUUAUCCUAUUAGUACAAGUUUGUAUGUAUUUUUGUAUUAUAUGUUUAUGUAUGUAUAUAAGUAAUUUUUUGUUGUGAAUUGAUGUUUUAAAUAUCUUAAAGUACCUUUUUAAAUAAACUACAUUUUGAUGCCUAUAUCUCACUAAAUGAUGUACAAUACAUUAAUCAAAUUGCUAAAAUUUGUUGAAGUUUUUUGAAUGAGUUCUUUAUUAUUUACAUGACUUAUCACUAACUGAUGUAAUUAUAAAAACAUUAAGGUGAUUUGUAACAUUUGGUGAAAUAUGUCAAAAUUAUAAAAUAUUAUCUUAAAAGUUCCACUCAUAUCUCUGUAUCAGAAAAAAUGUGUAUUAUAUUUUCAUAUGUUAAUUAUUAUCCUUCCAAAAACAACUCUUUGCAUUUUGAUUGACAGUUCUGUUAUAUUUGAGUAUCGUAUGAAUCUAUAAAAACUGUGCGUUAGUUUAAGUAUUCAAAUGUUCUUAGCUUUUUUAACUGACUGAACCCCUUCCCCUAAUAAAUGUGAAAUUUCCUUCUUAAAUUAUAUUUCUGGUUUUUUACAUUUCCUAUCAAUAAUAAAUGUUAACUUUGUGAAUAAUCUUUAAAUAUCAUAAUUUUAAAUUUCUUGGAUUUGUAUGAUAUUGAUUAAUAAUGUAUAAAUGCUUACUAUAAAUUUAUAUGGCAUUGAGUAGUAAAAUUUAAUGUAUUCUGAUUAUCAAGCACAGUAAUGUCAAACCCUUCAAAAUCACAAAAUUAUUUUCUCUCUGUAUAAAAAUUUCAAAAAAGUAUCCUAAUAUCUUUGUGCCGCUGCAAAUUCUGUCAUUUCUAAAACUAUUUCCCGGCUGGAUAAUCUUGUUUCUGUUAUACUCAAAAGGAAAUAUUGUGAUAUGUAAUACAUGUGCAUAUGUAUUUGUGUUGAGAUGUAAUAUAUUGUAUUUGACAUUAUGUAAAAUACUACUACUUAAGUUAGCCUUUGUUAUUCACAUGUAAAAACACUGUAUAUAAGGAAUGUUUAGUUUAAUUAAAUUUCUUUUAUAAACCAGACAAAAUAAAAUUGUAAAUUUAUUUAUAAA